AUGCCUACUAAGGCCCUGUUCGAGGAGGCAAUUAAGCCAGUCAAGAACGACUUCCCGGCCAACUACAACCUCCUCAUGAAAAACGACCUUGAGAAAUGGACACACACACCAUGCCACCCCCAGCAACCUGGUCAACCUGAAGAUGUCCACCUCAAACUCUGCGGAGUCCAACAUUUCCGCGGUCGGCCACCAGAAACGGGAAAUGGACCCUUAUCAUUUCCACAUCGAGAUUGCGGAGAAAACUGCGGAGCAACUCGCAACGAAUGCCGAACUGCAGAAGGGCUGCCGUGCCAUCCUCGUUCCAUUCGCGGCCAAGUUCAUGGAGGACGAGAGGUUGCUCAAGUAAGUACUGGGGCAACCACGCCUGGUGCGUUCCUUGUUCUUUCCUCCGUUGAUUCUACGGCUGCAUGGUCGGUUGGGUGUAGUACGACCCCGUCGGUUGGGUGAUCCACCCGUGCUGUCUCUCUUUUUGAUCCAUCAUUUUUUUCGUCCGUUUCGGCUGUCGUUUUGUGUGUAGUGCACUCUUAACAACCAGAGAAUGACAC